ACCAGCGUACGGCUAGCAUUCGCGUCUUGGAAACAGUUGCUCUUAGCGGUUCGGGUUAACAUGAGGCUGCUUUUGCUGCUGGUGGCCAGCUGGGCCGUGCUGGGCGUGGCCCUGGCCGAGUCGAGCUACAAUUAUUUUCGGCUGCCGACUGCGCUGCGACCGCGUAAAUAUGUUUUGCGCGUCUUAACGCAUCUGGAGGAUCCGGAAAAUCUACGCUUCGAGGGCAGCGUUAAAAUCAAAUUCGAAGUGAUGGAAAAUACAAGGAACAUAACGCUGCACGCCAAGAAUCUGACCAUCAAUCAAUCGCAGAUCACACUGAGAGACACCUCGAUUGACAACCGAAAGAAUUGCAUUGCAUCCACCGAGGUGAAUACGGCUCACGAUUUCUAUGUGAUGCGCAUGUGCGAUGAGCUCAAUGCCGGCGAAAUCUACGAGCUGACCAUGCCCUUUUCCGGCGAACUCAAUCGCCAGCUGGAGGGCUACUACAGAAGCUCCUACACAGAGCCCGACACCAAUAAGACCCGCUGGCUAUCCAUUACACAGUUUGAGCCGGCCUCUGCGCGCUUGGCCUUCCCCUGCUUCGAUGAGCCCGAUUACAAGGCGCCAUUUGUGGUCACAUUGGGCUACCACAAGCGGAUGACCGGCCUGAGCAACAUGCCCGUUAAGGAGAUCAAGCCACACGAGAAUAUUAAGGACUACAUUUGGUGCGAGUUCAAGGAGUCGGUGCCGAUGUCCACCUAUUUGGUUGCCUAUUCGGUGAACGAUUUUGCCCACAAGCCGUCGACGCUGCCAAAUAGCACACUCUUCCGCACCUGGGCGCGUCCGAAUGCCAUCGAGCAGUGCGACUAUGCGGCCGACUUUGGACCCAAAGUGCUGCAGUACUAUGAGCAGCUGUUUGGCAUUAAGUAUCCAUUACCCAAAAUCGAUCAGAUUGCCAUACCCGAUUUCAGUGCCGGCGCCAUGGAGAACUGGGGCCUGGUCACCUACAGAGAAAUCGCAUUGCUCUAUUCGGCGAAUCACUCGUCGCUGGCGGACAAGCAGCGCGUCGCCUCUAUCGUUGCCCAUGAGCUGGCCCAUCAAUGGUUUGGCAAUCUGGUGACAAUGAAAUGGUGGACGGAUCUCUGGCUGAACGAGGGAUUUGCCACAUAUGUGGCUAGCCUCGGUGUCGAGAACAUCAAUCCCGAGUGGCGCGCCUUGGAGCAGGAGUCGCUCAACAAUCUGCUGACCAUCUUCCGCAAAGAUGCCCUACAGAGCAGCCAUCCCAUAUCGCGACCCAUCGAGGUGGUCAGCGAGAUCUCGGAGAGCUUCGAUCAGAUCUCAUAUCAGAAGGGCUCCACGGUGCUGCGCAUGAUGCAUCUGUUCAUGGGCGAAGAAUCCUUCCGUGCGGGCAUACAAAACUAUCUGCGCAAGUUCUCCUACGGCAAUGCCGAGCAGGAUAAUCUCUGGGAGUCGCUCACCGAGGCGGCACACAAAUUCCGGGUGCUGCCCGACGACUAUGACAUCAAGCGCAUCAUGGACUCAUGGACGCUGCAAACGGGUUACCCCAUCAUCAACAUAACCCGCAACUAUUUGGAUGGCAGCGCCCAGCUGUUGCAGGAGCGUUAUUUGCUAAACACUCAGAUUUCGCGGGAUCAGCGUGAGUUUUGCUGGUGGGUGCCGCUGAGCUAUACGACCCAAGCGGAGCAGGACUUUAAGAACACGGCGCCAAAGGCAUGGAUGGAAUGCGGCAGCGGUGGCGAAAUGCUGCCCACGAAGAUAAAUGAUCUGCCCGGCAAGGAUCAGUGGAUCAUAUUCAAUACACAACUGUCGACGCUGUACAAGGUGAACUACGAUGAGCACAACUGGAAGCUGCUGAUCGAGACGCUGACCAACGGCGACUUUGAGCGCAUUCAUGUGAUUAAUCGUGCCCAGCUAAUAGACGAUGCACUGUAUCUGGCCUGGACGGGCGAACAGGACUAUGGUAUUGCCAUGGAAUUGAUUGACUAUUUGAGGCGUGAACGCGAGUAUUUGCCCUGGAAAUCGGCCUUCGAGAACUUGAAGCGCAUGAAGAAUAUCAUCAGACAAACGCCCAACUUUGAAUUCUUCAAGCGUUAUCUGCAAAAACUAAUAGAGCCCAUUUACCUGCAUAUGAAUGGGUUGAACGACACCUUCGGCAAGAUCGAGCGCCAGGACCAGGUGCUGCUCAAGACCAUGGUGGGCAACUGGGCGUGCCAGUAUCUGGUGUCCGACUGUGUGCCGGUGGCACAGGCCUACUAUCGCGCCUGGCUCGGCGAAAAGGAGCCGGAUAAAAAGAAUCCGGUGCCAAUAAAUUUGCGUCAAACGGUUUACUGCACCGCGAUACGACAUGGCAACGAUGCCGACUGGCAAUUCCUGUGGACGCGCUACAAGAACUCGAACGUGGCCGCCGAGAAGCGGACGAUGUUGUUCUCGUUGGGCUGCACGCGUGAGGUCUGGCUGUUGCAGCGUUAUCUGGCCUUGACCUUUGAACCGAAGGAGGGCAUACGCAAACAGGACUCGAUGUGGGCAUUCCAGGCGGUGGCAUACAACGAGAUCGGCUUCCAUUUGGCCAGGGACUACUUUAUUAAUAAUGUCGACUUUAUCUACAAAUUCUAUCAUCCCAUUAUCAAGGACAUGUCGCGCCUGUUGCCACCAAUUUCGGAGCAGACAUUCCUGCAAAGCGAUUUCGAUGACUUCAAGAGGUUCGUAGCCGAACACAAAGCCUCGCUGAAGGGCCUGGAACAGGCCACACAGCAGACCUUGGAGACGAUGCUCACCAAUGUCCAAUGGAAGGAACGCAACUAUCAGCAGGUUUCCACCUCCAUACGAAAAGUGCUCCAGAACUAAAAUACAAUAGAAAAAAAACAAUAUUAAAGGCGUUUAAUUACACGCAUAUCCUUAAUUAAAAUAUAAUUAGUUCCGCCAGCCCUCAUCAGCUCAUUGAAGUCUCUCUGAAUUCAAAAAGUUCCAAAUAAAUUAUAUUAAACAUA